CCGUGCUGCUCACAGCUCCCAGCCCAUUUCUGCAGCCGCGUGCACAGCUCUGGGGAUUUUGUUCUACGCACACGCUCCCUAGGGCGCGUCCCCAGAAGGGUGCGUCUGCCAUCCACUCCUAUCUGCGUCCUGCCUCCCUUCCUCGCUUCAUUCCUCCAUCACCGCACCGCUGCCCUGCCGGUGUCAGCAGCACCGGGACGUGCUCUCAGCGGCUUCCCGCACCCGAAGCGUGAUGCAGACGGGCGCCGGGCAUCGAAGACGUUUCUUCCUCACCCUCGGGCGGCCCCGGCUGAGCCGUACAGCGGCAGACGCCGACUCGGGACCACCCGGAAAAAAUCGAUGCGGCCCGGUCAGAGCCGGGACGCGGACAGCCCAGAGGGCACCCGAGGUCCGGCCCCGCCGAGCUGCUCGCCCCGCACACGGACGCAGCCCCGCGGAGCUCUCCAUCCCCCGUAGCCCCGAGGUACGCACCCGCGGGGCGGGCACACCCGGCACCUUCAUUCCCAGCCGCGCAUUAUUCGUCACCAGAAGUGCCGCUAGAUGGAGCUUUCCGGACACGGAUCCACAGGAAGAAACGGUGCUGCUGUUUCAAUGUUAUUCCUGCUCCCUGCUAACCCAGAGGUGCCCCUUUCCAGCGAUAGGAGCCCAAAAGGCACUGCCUGGCGCUGGGGCCAGCUCUGUCCCACUCACCGAGCUGCUUUGCAGCAGUGAAUGCCACCAGCAUGGUUUUGCAGCCCUGAGCAUCACCUUUUCCCCAUGGGCAUCCCCAAGGCCAUCGAACACGGCACAGGUUUGCCAGGCUGGCACAGCCAGAGAUGUGCCAGCUGCUGUGCAGGGGUGUGCAAACCCCUGCUAGAGUUCAGAUGGCAAAGCUGCAGGCACCUGAGGCAACCUGGGUGCAUACACGUGUCCCCACACCUGGUCAUUCUGAAAAUAACCCAGGGCCAGUUCUGCUCUGGUGCAGGACAGGGCUCCAGCCCCAACACAAAGCACCCACCAGGCAGGAACUAACCUGCCCUCUCCCCAGAUCUCUGCGUACCUCUGAAAAACCACUACAGCUUUUCCCAUGCAACGUUAUAAAGCAGCAAGACACCCCCUAGAUGUCUUAAAGCCAGCAUCUAUUGAUGCAGCUCUUUAUUACCUAUCUGCCAUAUCAAAAUCAGCACAAAACCUGAAUCUGCUGCAAAGUAAGUCAGGCCAGGGCUGCCUUGGAUCGCUGGGCAGGCAGCAGGAGCACCAUCCGCCUACGGCAGCGAUGCCACGAGCAUGCCCGCUCCCCGGGGAGCCCCGCCAGGAGCUGUGGGGCCGCGCUCCCCCCGCCCCAGCCCCGCGCCCGCUGCCCAGCCCCAGCACAGUGAGAUGGAGCUGCCCCGGGAGUGAUGCUGCUCGCCGAGCCCAUGUGAUGCUGGGCUAGCGCGGCUCCUCCAUCGUCCCCCUCCGCUCGCAGGCUGUCAUGGCGACUCCCAAUAACGUUACUCCCACCAACUGCAGCUGGUGGCCCAUCUCGGCGCUGGAGAACGACGUGGGGAAAUCCAAGGAGGGGGAGGAAAAUCAGGAUCCGACGGACCCCGCUCUCAGAUCCCAGGACAGGCUGGUUUUGUACCACUGGACCCAGUCCUUCAGCUCUCAAAAGGUGAGGCUGGUUAUCGCCGAGAAGGGGCUGCCCUGCGAGGAGCGGGACGUCAGCAUGCCACUGCUGGAGCACAAGGAGCCCUGGUUCAUGCGGCUCAACCUGGGUGAGGAGGUGCCCGUCAUCAUCCACCGGGACAACAUCAUCAGCGACUACAACCAGAUCAUCGACUACAUGGAGAAGAACUUCACGGGAGAGAAUGUCCCCCAGCUGAUCCCUGAGCCCGGGACCACGCUGCACUCACGGGUGCUGCAGUACCGGGAGCUGCUCGACUCGCUGCCCAUGGAUGCCUACACGCACGGCUGCAUCCUGCACCCCGAGCUCACCACCGACUCCAUGAUCCCAAAGUACGCGACCGCUGAGAUCCGCAGGCAUUUGGCUAACGCCAGCACGGAACUGAUGAAGUUGGACCAUGAGGAGGAGCCACCGCUGACAGAGCCGUACCUCUCCAAGCAGAAGAAGCUCAUGGCCAAGAUCCUGGAGCACGACAACGUGAACUACUUGAAGAAAAUCCUAGGGGAGCUGGGAAUGGUGCUGGACCAGAUUGAGGCCGAGCUGGAGAAGAGGAAGCUGGAGUACCAAGGGCAGAAGUGUGAACUUUGGCUCUGCGGAUGUGUCUUUACCUUGGCCGAUAUCUUGUUAGGAGCUACCCUGCAUCGCCUCAAGUUUCUAGGACUCUCUAAGAAAUACUGGGAAGAUGGCAGCAGACCUAACCUACAGUCCUUCUUCGACAGGAUACAAAAACGCUUUGCCUUCAGGAAAGUCUUGGGAGACAUACAUACCACGCUGCUCUCCGCGGUGGUACCCAAUGCCUUCAGGCUGGUCAAGCGGAAACCUCCCUCCUUCUUCGGAGCCUCCUUCCUGAUGGGAUCUCUGGGGGGAAUGGGAUAUUUUGCUUAUUGGUACUUAAAGAAAAAAUACAUCUAAUGCUGGCAGCUUGGUGUUUAGUUUGGUGUCUCUGUGUUGUGUGAAAUUAUGAUGAAGCCUCAGUAACUGUAAUGAAAUUUGAGGCAAGGUAUGAAUAAUAAUAUUGUUUAAUGUAACAUUCCAUAGUCUAGAAGUAGAAAAGUAUACUGCAAGGAAAUAACAACAACAACAAAAAUGCAUCAACUUGUAAAUGCCUUUUUUAGGUUUAAGUAUUCCACUCCAGCGAGAGGCUCAGGGGCUGGCCUGGCUCCCCGCGCCCACCGGGAAGCACUGCCGGUGCAGCUCCAGGGGGAGACGGGCACCCCGAGGAGUUCCCAACACCCAGGUUAACAGUGGGACUUGGAUACUCAGCCCUGUUUGUGUUUCCAGAGCAUUCACCGGCCACAUUUCACACGUACAAGUAGCGGGGACAUUCUUCUUCUAGAAGCCAUUGUUGUGCUCGAAGGCUUUUCUGGGAGCAGGGUGCAGUAGCUGGUCACGGUCAAGGUGGAUUUGCAUUCUUCAAUUAUCCUUUUUUUUUUUUAAAUUAUUUUCAUUAAAAAGAAUAUUUUUUAUGGAGCUGCUCUUAGCGUACAUCCACUUUCUACGUCUGGUUUUGGUGGGCUUUUUAAAAAAGAAGAAUUUAAAGCCUGUCUUUAACUGCCACGCUUUUCUCCUGAGACAAAUGAUUUUGAGUUCCACCCUGAGCUUGGGCACACGAAGGGGAUUCUUGUUUUAGCCUUUUGCCUCCGUCUUGAUUUUCCUUUCAUGGAUUUGCAAAGCAUCUUUCACCUCCUGAGCGUAUCCGGACUCUGGAAAAGGACCACCAUUUCCAGAACCUACAGCACUUUCCUGAAGACACUUUGGCUUUCUCUUCUGCUGGGGGCUCCUUUCUGUCAUUUCCUCGCUGUGCGUUUUCUUAGGGACACUUGACACAGAAUCACAUUUAUGACUUUUUUGUGCCUUUUGCAUGUUGGAAAGAAUAAUGGGCCUCACUGCUACUCAUGCUUUGAAAACUGAGAUCUUCAAUAAACCAUAUGGGAGGAGUAAAUGCUUCACAUUUCUAAAUGUGUUCAACAAGCUUCCAAUCUAAUUUCAAAGCAUGCCCACGUGCAGCAGGAUGUGCAGGUGGUUUGUGCUUUUCCUUUUGUGUUGUAUUGGUAUAAAAUUCGCAUGGAAACAAUGCUUAUUCCUCUCGCAAGGCACUCAUUUCUGUAAGCACUCCUCUGGCUGGUUUUCAGAGCGUUCUGGUGAUCCCUGCGAGUAACGCUGCAUCUGUAGGCUUGGGGAUGUUUGCCAAGUGUGGCUGAAGCAAUAUGCGUGGCAAUGCCUCCAACUCAAAAGUGAUCUGUCUUGGAAAGCUGCAGCAUUUCCCAGGAGCUUUGGUUCUUGGUACAACCUGGCAGUCAUGGAAUUGUGAAUACUGAGCAGGAGUUACAGGAGCUGAGCACGCAGGGAAGGAUUAGACAAACGCAAAAUGCACAAAAGCUGUGUUUGUAAUGAUUGUAUGGGCUGGUCUGAUAUACUUCCGGAACACAAUCUGCAGCUGCAAAAGCACUGUGUUAUCCAUGUUACCCCCGCUGAUGAAGAUCACACUAUUGGUGUGUGAGAACCCAAAUCCACCACCUUUGCAGGCACCUGUAGCUGAGGCUGUUGAGUGAAACACCAGACAUGUUCCCCCAAACAUGGUUACCGAUUUGCUCCACGGUAUCAGUGACCUUGGGGGAAAAAUUGGGUUUUUGCUUCUUUUUGAAGAGGGAGGCAGGGGGUUCCCUGAGGCCACCUCUUUUGUUGAAGCUGAAAGGUGUAAGAAUAUAACGAUGGCUGUGACACUAAAUUCCCCAAAAUACGUUGCAUACACCAAAACAAAACCCUUACCAUGGAUUUCACCCCUUUUCAAGUUGCUCUGCAGACACAUUCCCUGGUGAUCCCCCAGAGCUGAUUAAAUAUAUACACCAAAUGUAGAAAGGAGUAGUAAUCGGGGUAAAAAGCCACAAAACUCAGAGAGAACAAGAACAAAUACUCCCACAGAGCAAAUAAAAACACUGCACAAGAUAGGUGCUUGUUUUGAUACAGAGCGCUCUGUUAUAAUGCAGCUGUUAUGAGGAUGCCAGGCAGAGCCAAUAUCUAGAGCAAUGCACAGGUCAGCUCAGACCAAAAUGUGACAGCUGUCUGUUAGGUUGCUUCACGCUUUGCUGGAAAGCCACAGAUGCUGUAGUGAUGAGUUUUGUACAGGCUGGUCAGUACUACUCACUAACAAGCCUUUGUUCUGGUCCAAAUAAAGAAAAAUCAGCGAAGACAGUGCAACUCUCUCUUGCUGAGCCUUGCUUCCCUACCUUGGUAAUGAAAAAAUACCACAAGUUUUCUCCAGGGAAAAGCAAUCUCCAAGAGUGAUGAAAGGCAAUUACAGUGACAGCAGAGGCUGGACUGAUGUUAAGGACCAUGCUGAAAUGAACCAGGAGAUGAAUGUCACCACCCCAACCGAUCCAGAUUAGUGACUUACUAUGAAGUAGCCCUGUGGUGAUUACAGGCUGUCAUAAUAAAAGGUUGCUUUCUCUCUAGCUGAUCUAAGCCUCAUCAGUUCUUCUCCUUUCCAUUAGUUUCAUUUAAAAUUGGAGAGCACCAUUCUACAUCCCCACAAGCCAGGCACUGGCCCUGCCCGAGGCAAUUGCUAUACACAGAAAUGUGAAAAUGCAGCAGCACCCAAGGGGUAAGGCUGGAAGCUGAGGCACUCUGAGAUACUAUUUGCAGCAAACGCCUGCUCUUGGAUACCUUACAAUUUGCUGCUGACCAAUUCUGUGGCAGCCUGCUAUCACUGAAGCACUGGCUUAGCUGCAUGAGACAGAACGAACAACUUGUGCUGUAUCAUCCUGCACCACGUUCCUGUGCGUCUGCUCCAGCCCCGUUCAGAGCCCUCCUUCCCUUUCACUCACCAAGUCCCAGUCUAGCACCGAAGCACCUCUUCACCUUGUACGUGAAGAUGUUCCUAGCCUUCAGAAUUUCUUGGGUUUAGAAGCAAUCGUGCUUUUAGACUCCUAAAGACUGUAAAAACCUUUACGCAUUCUAAAAUGCUGAACUUGUAAUUACAGGAGGGGAGAAGAUAAGUCACUAUUUGUCAGGUCCAAACCCUUCUGAAGACCUCAGAUGGAGCUCUACGACAUGGAUUGAACUGUGGCUGCCCAGCACACACUGAUCAUUUCUUCUCUCCCAAGCCUCCUUUUCAAUAGGCUCCCAGUGGUCAUAUUUGUAAAACUAGUUUCUGAGAUCUUUACUCUAACGUGUUUUGCUCAAAAGAAUCAACUAUGAAAAUUAAAAUGUAUGUGGUCAGUACUAUGACUGGCUGACAACCUUCUCCUCUGCUUGACAAGGCAUGGGGAAGACCUCUUCAUGCAGAAUAAAAGAUUUCAAAACAAAGCUUGUCAGAGGACAAGGAACAGAGCACACGGCCUCAGCCUGCCUGUCACAAGUUGCCAAAGAAACUGAGAUCAAGGGCUAAGACUACCUAGUGACCGGCUUGUGGUCCUGUAGGAAAUUAAUUGCUGAGUCUUGCUGUGUUUCUGGAUGAAAAAAAUAUCCUUACCACCCAACUGGUGGCUAGGGGCUUUCAUCUCCCAGCUAAGGAGAAGAGAGAAUGGUGUAAGAGCCGCUCCUUCAAGCAAGAGGAGGCUAUUUCUGCUGUUAGAGUAAAUUACAGGCUUUGGCUGAGAAUGGCAAACAGAAAACAGCAGAAUUUGUGGAAACACUGAGAUAUUCAGUGCCAUCAAGACCAAAGCCAAACCCACCCCUUAUGGUUCCUUAAUAUCCAUAAACUAUUUCGUAAAGCAAGGCCUCACUGAUUAAAUCCUAGUGGUUUCAGACAAAUGCCAUUUCCAAUACUGGAUCUGGGGUUUUAAGCAGUAGCAAAAAGCCUUGAAUUUGUGUUUGCAGAUAAAGCACAUUCAUGAGAAACAAAUUUCCUUUUCUCCCCCCUCAUGCUGAUUUCUUAAUGUGCCCAAAUGACAUUUACUGUCAUUAUCUUUCAUUCUCCAUUUUACACGCUUUCCUCUGAAGGAUUAAACAGAGAAAACAGUCUGCUUUAAAUGCCUCAGCGAAACAAAGAAUACCACAUAUGCCAUAAAUAAUUCAGAUGAACAAUUGCUUUGUCAGAACACAGAUGUCUAUCACUGCAGCAAAGGCACGCAGCAGGAACGGGGCAAAGCAGAGGCUGCAGACUGCAGAGACCCGCGUGCUGCAGGCAGAGGCUGUGCGUGCACAGGGUGUUUGUCACUGCCUAAGCAAAUUUUUUCCACUUGUCUGCAAUGUUGAACAGUAUUGAUGAGUAAAGCACCAACCUCCCCUCACUCCUCAAGAGCUUACAGUGCUGUUUUUCUUGUCUUUCUCCUGUGCACAGCGAUCUGCUUAAAGCUCUCCUUUUCUCUACUCCUCUCUACCAUCCUACCCCCCUGUUCUCUUCUGGAUUUCCCAUUUCACUGCCCCUGUCCUGCCCUGGUGCUGACAGCUGGGGAUACAUGAGCACUUUCACGAGGACAUUUCUGUUGUCAGGAGCCCACAGGCUGUGGAACAGCACCAGUAGACAAAGCACUUCCCACUGCCACCUUCUGAGGAAGAGCAGCAGAGGAAUAAAGAAAAAAGUCUUGCUAGAAACUCAGCUAACAGCACAGAUCAACUGACAACUUUGAAAGCUUUUCUUUAAAAAUAACACUGUCCAUCCCCCUGCUUUCCCUGCUUGCUGUCUCAGCCUUUCCUAACAGUACCUUAUCUCUCCUGCGACCCAAAUCCUUUUUAGCUGAAGUGGUUAUCCAAAUAAAGCUACUUUGCAAUCAGAACGGAGUGUAACUGGGUUUGAGGGCGUUUGAAUUCUGCAGGCACUUCACACAGGGUGAGCACUUUACAUAGUUCAGUGCUGUUUCAUGGAUACUCUUUACAUCCCAAGGUAAUGUCACUCCACUGCAUGCCUCCUAGAACAAUCUUCUAUUUUUAUUUACCAAAAGCAAUUUCCUUCCACUCCCUGACCUAAGAGCCAACCACUACAGAAGAGCAAAGCAGAUGAUUUUUGGACACACGGGAAACAAAAAGAAAUCUGAAGUAAUGGUGCAGAGUGCUGAGAAAAGCUGUAAUCUAGAACAACACCCAACCACUGAGUCUACCAAGCAUAUUUUAAAUCACUGCUUGCUUCCAUCAUCUGCAAAAAUACUCAGGGCAGAUUCUGAGUGACCCUCAGAACAGGCACAGUCCUGCUGGGUUUGAGUGCCACGACUCACAUAUCUGGACAGAAACCUAACAGGCUUUGUGGGUUUUGUAUCAUCUUUAUUUUUCAAUUAAUUUUUCAGUAUCUGCCACAGGCAACUAUUUUGAGCCGCAACCUACUUAGCUGACUUUUCUCCAGCACCGAGUCAUGAUCCCACAAUCCUGUCACUGGUACAGUCACACUGCGUGCAACCUCUCGGCGCUGCAGCUCUUCCUGGUCCUCACACAACAGGGGAGGUCUUACAGAACAGAACAGGAUUCAGGAAGAGAUUUCAGAAGAGAGAUGACAUUUAUAGUAAGGAUAUGUCUAUUUAUUGCUCUGACAUCAGCAGCAUUUCCCACAGAUUAAAUGCAUUAAAUUGCAUUGUGGAAAGAAUACAUGACCUAAAACUGAAAAAUGGUCCUAGACUGAAAAAAGAAAAACGCUUCAGAGAUAAGAAAAAAAAAAUGUCAUUUGUAUUUCCUUUUAUUCCAGCCUUUUCUUUAUUCAGCCUUACAAUGCUAGGAAGACAUGCACUACAACUACAGAUCUUCUUCAGGAAAUGCAUGGCUGAGAAAGGGCAUUGUUCUGAGUACUCCUUUCUUUCCCUUAAGUCAGCUCUCCUGAAAGGCUACUGAAGCUCUUUACCUUAAUUGCUGUGCCAUAUUACAGUUCCAAAGCUUUACAGAGAAGUUGUUCAGACUGUCACAAGGCACAUGAUAUUGCUUAUGUUUUGUGACAGCCAGAGGGUAAAUUAAUAUAUCUUUCGGAUUAAAUGUUACAACAUAGUUACCUGAAAUUUCAGGGAUUGCAUUCUGUCCUGAUGGGUCGUUUGCAUUUCUGGUUUUCCAACUUGUAAUCUCUGUAUUCACAUGGUAUACUUAAAGCACUAAGGUCCCCUUCCCACACUGAUGAAUUAAUCCUUUCCUACCAAACACCUGGGUGAAACUACUCUGCAGAAAACAGCACUGCUUGUUCCCCAAGGAAAAGCUAACUACUAAUGUAACCAAGUGGCACCACCAAGUUACUUUUUAUUUCCUUCCAUGAGUUCAAACACAUCAGACAAACUUCAAGAAGUUAGGCAAGUUCUCUUUUCCAGCUAAACUCCAUUACAGUGAUUGACCAACUCCUUUUAACGCUGGUUAACUACGAGGUUGGAACCACAGCAUUGCUUUCACGUUAAGCUUUGGCAAAAUAGUUAAAGAAGACAGAAAGAGAGAAAACAUGCUUUUAGCAGAGGUAAAGAGCUAUCACUCAUUCUGCAAUCCAGGACGUGAGAUGAAGCUACGGAAAGACAAAAUUCUGGGAAACGGGUUUGAGUGAACAGAGAUAAGCUAAGAGCUGGAAAAGGCUGACUGCAGAGAAGCUGCAGGGAUCUGCUUGAAGCUACGGAGGGGCGACUGGGCAUUAUUUUCCUGAGAAAAGGGACCACAGAUUUGUAUUCAGAACUAACUGCUGAUUUUCCAAGACAUUAAAUAUAUCACAGCAUCCCCUACAGUUUUUCAAUUAAAGUGCACCAUAGGGUAUAACUGGGCGUUUCUCACGUUGCCAUAAAUUGCCAUGCAUCAAAACAGAAAAUGAGAUUCUAUCGUUACUGCUGCUCCGCGGCCUAAGUCUCAGUAACCCAGUGAAGCAUUCACAGAACAAGCCUCCUUUGAACAAAAACACUCAUGAAGAAUCCAAACACCACCUUCAGAUACGUCUGAAGUCUGAACAGUUCCAAUGGAUCUUACAGAAGAGCCUUCCCACCUGCCUGAUUUUGCCCCCUGUGACACAAGCAUUUGAAUGGGUCCCAGGAGUGAAACGAAUCCUAAAACUUUCCACUGCAUUCUAGAUGAAAUUCCCUUCUUUCCAGCUCUAGCAGAGGAGAAUGCCUAAGGCACCAAGAACUGCCUCACACACGUCAGUCAGGCCGAAUGCCAGUUACGCUUUAACGUUUACUAGCUAAUUUUUCAUUGCAUACGAUUCAUUCAUUUAUGUCAGUAGAUGCUGGAGAGAAAAAUUCCCUAGAUAAUUCUAUAGGUAUGGAAAGACAGCUCUGCAGAAUAAGUGGAAGUGUCCUGAAUUAACCUUAAUGGAGAAAAGCAAAAAAAAAAAAAAAAGACACACCAAAACACCAAACAAACACCCAACCAAAAAACCAACCAAGCAACCCCCAAGUGUUCCACAAGAUUACAGCGGUUACUUUUAGAACCCACUACAGAACUCAUGUACCUUCAAAAUGUUAAUACUUCCUUCUAAACGUAAUUUAACAAUAACUGUUGGCAGCUGAAAUAAAGGCUCUGCCAGGUUGACAGGAAGCAUCAAAUCCAGCCAUUCACACCGUUUCUCUUUUGCUGCAUGUCUGUUAUAGAGAGGCCACAUUUUUAUUUUAAUGAUAGAAGUGCAUUCGGGGCAGGGAGAGAAGUCAGGUAAAGGCGAUGGGAGAUGCAUGAACAGAAAACCGGCAACUUUGACUUCCAGUUAACUGAAAGCCAAAAGACACCAAGAAGAGGCCUGGAGCACAAGGAAACCUUCUAAGCUGACAGUUGGCACGUGGUCUCUGGGCACUGAAAAUGCCACAUCGUCCAAGAUUUCCAAACUCAUAAGGCUAUUACUGCAUGGGAACUCUUCCAUCUAUUUCAGUGGAUUAGGCUUUCACUUUGCUACAAAGAGCGCUGUUCGUUUCUAUGUAAUCAACUGCAUGGUGUAACGGGCACAUAUUAGGAAUCUUGCAUUUGUCAGGUGGUUUUGUUUGGUUUUAAAGCCUUUGUUUUUGAGAAUUUGUGCCAUGUUAAUCCACUCAAAUACUGUGUGCUCACACUGUCACUGAUAAUUCUGUAUCUCAGUAAAAAAAACCUAGGAGGCUGGAUCAUCCAGGGAAGUGAAGAACAGGAGCAGUACCUUCACAGACUCCAGAAACACCCACAAAGACACAAACACUGGAAGUUUAACUGUUUUUCUAUCAUUAUUUAAAUACAGUUUUGAGAAUAGCCAUGGCACAUGUUAUUUCCAUAAUAAACAGUUUGUAUGACACUAGUCUGAAGCACAGAGAAACACUGUAGUAGUGACUGCACAAAACAUCUGUGGAACUGAAGAUAACAUCAGCAGGCCUGUUAGCUUAAAUAAACUGCAUUUUCUGGUAGCAGGCCUAGUCUACGCAGCAAAGUUACAUAAAGAUAACCUAAAAUAGAAACUUAAAUCUAAUGAAAUGAAUGAGAAAACCUUCUGGGUAUAUAAUCCUUUUUCACGAUGAAAGUGGCUUGCAGCAUAGCUUAACUCAAGAGGGAGCAGGCUUACAGUACAUCAAAAGAAGGACUGCAAAUGAAUCUGCAUUGUUCAAAUAUAUUUUUAGUUAAACCCAAUAUGAGUUAAUCAGUGCAAAUUUCCCAAAGAGUCAGCUUAAAGGCAAUUUAAUGCAAAA